AUCACAAACAACUCUCUCACGUUUGCUCUGCAAACAAGCAUGGGAGGUUUCACCAACCUCCUCCGUUUCUCCCUCUUUUGGUUCUUAACUUCGCUCACUUUUUUCACCACAAUUUCAAUCUCUGCAGAUACCUUAACUACAACACAAAUUCUCAGAACCAACCAAACCCUUAUAUCCCAAAACGAAACCUUCGUUCUGGGCUUCUUUCCUGGGAGCGAUUCCAACUGGUAUGUGGGCAUAUGGUACAAGAACAUUGAUGAUAGAACACUGGUUUGGGUGGCAAACAGAGACAACCCACUUGAGGACUCCACAGGAUUUCUCAUGAUUGGAGACAAAGGAAACAUAGUUAUUGACAAUCCAUCAGGUAACCCUGUAUGGUCCUCGAAUCAAACCACAGCUAAUAACCCAAUUGUUCAGCUUUUGGAUUCUGGGAAUUUAGUUGUGAAAGAAGCAAACUUGAGUGACCCCACCAAGUAUCUAUGGCAAAGCUUCGAUUACCCAACAGAUACACUGGUACCUGGCAUGAAGAUGGGGUGGAACUUGGACACAGGCAUGGAGAAGCACAUAACAUCUUGGAAGAACACAGGACAAGACCCUUCAACAGGAGGUUAUUCUUUCAAGAUAGAUUAUCAUGGACUACCAGAAAUUUUCCUGAGGAACAAUCAGAACAUAACAUACAGGAGUGGUCCUUGGAAUGGUGAGAGAUUCAGCGGGGUACCAGAGAUGGAACCCGAUACAGAUUCUAUUGUAUUCACGUUUUCUGAAGAUGAACAUGGGGUAUACUACUCAUUUUCCAUUGGGAACCAAUCCAUUUUUUCAAGGCUAAUUGUGACCUCAGAUGGUCAACUGCAGCGCCUUGCAUGGAUACAAAGUAGCCAGACUUGGAACAAGUUUUGGUAUGCACCUAAGGAUCAGUGUGAUGUUUAUAGAGAGUGUGGUCCUUAUGGUAUAUGUGACUCUAAUGCUUCACCGGUUUGUGAGUGUGUGAGAGGGUUCAAGCCUAAAAAUCAGCAGGCUUGGAAUUUAAGAGAUGGGUCUGAUGGGUGUGUGAGGAACACAAAUUUGGAAUGUGUGAGUGACAAGUUUUUGCAUAUGCAGAACGUGAAGUUGCCUGAGACAACUACUGCCUUUGUGAAUAGGAGCAUGACCCUUGUGGAAUGUGAAGAUUUGUGCCACAGGAAUUGUUCUUGCACUGCUUAUGCCAACAUUGAGAUUACAAAUGGAGGAACUGGUUGUGUGAUGUGGAUCGGUGAACUCAUAGACAUGAGGCAGUAUUCUGAUGGUGGGCAAGAUCUUUAUCUCAGAUUAGCAGCUUCUGAUGUAGAUGACUUAGCAUCUGCAGGUGGCUCUCACAAGACAAAUGAUACAGGUAAGGUUGUAGGAAUUACACUUUCAGCCGCUGUUAUAAUUUUGGGAUUGGGUUUCUUAUCAUGGAAGAAGAGGAAAUUGCUAUUGAAUGGGAACACGGACCGCAGAGGUUCUUUGCAAAGAAGUCAGGACUUGCUAAUGAAUGAGGUGGUGUUUUCAAGUAAAAGAGAAAACUCAGGAGAAAGGAACAUGGAUGACCUAGAGUUACCAAUAUUUGAUUUUAAUACCAUAACAAUGGCUACAAAUAACUUCUCUGAAGCAAAUAAACUUGGACAAGGUGGCUUCGGUAUUGUUUACAGGGGCAGGCUGAUGGAAGGCCAAGAAAUUGCUGUCAAGAGGUUAUCAAAAACCUCAGGGCAAGGAAAUGAAGAAUUUAAGAAUGAGGUCAAGUUAAUUGUCAAGCUUCAACAUCGAAAUCUUGUUCGGCUAUUUGGUUGCUGCAUUGAUAUGGAUGAGAAGCUGCUGGUGUAUGAAUACAUGGAAAAUAGAGGCCUUGAUUCCAUUUUGUUUGACAAAGCCAAAAGACCCUUACUGAACUGGAGAAGACGCUUCAGCAUAAUAUGCGGAAUAGCUAGAGGGCUUCUUUAUCUUCAUCAUGAUUCCAGAUUCAGGAUUAUCCAUAGGGAUCUCAAGGCAAGCAACAUUCUACUUGACAGUGAAAUGAACCCAAAGAUAUCAGACUUUGGGAUGGCUAGAAUUUUUGGCACAGAUCAGACAGAAGCAAAUACAUUGAGAGUUGUUGGAACAUAUGGCUAUAUGGCUCCUGAAUAUGCUAUGGAUGGGAACUUCUCAGUGAAAUCUGAUGUUUUUAGCUUUGGAGUUCUAGUGCUGGAGAUCAUAAGUGGAAAGAAGAAUAGAGGAUUCUAUUACUCAAACAAUGAAUUGAAUCUUCUAGCGAAUGUAUGGAAGCAGUGGAAAGAAGGCAGUGCAUUGGAACUCAUUGAUCCAUCAAUUGGUGAAUCAUAUUCACCAUCUGAAGUUCUUAGAUGCAUACACGUUGGACUCUUAUGUGUCCAAGAACGUGCAGAAGAUAGGCCAACAAUGUCUUCAGUGAUCUUGAUGCUGAGUAGUGAGACUUCACUAAUGCCACAACCAAGAAACCCUGGAUUUUCCGUUGGGAGGAAUCCUGGGGAGACCGAUUCUUCUUCAAGUAAGCAAGAUGAACCGUGGAGUGUGAACCAAGUCACUGUCACAUUGCUAGAUGCUAGGUAGUGAACGAAGCAUGGCAUUAUCUAACAAAUUUUUGUAUAUUCCCAAAAAAAUCAAAUAUAUUCUGUAUAUCUUCCUUCCUCUGAUAGUUGCGGGAUCUUUGAGAUCUACUUUGAUCUUGUUUUGGUGUCAUAUGUAAGAGAUACUUUAAUUGAAAAAAUACUACUUAGUUUAGGCUUUAAGUUACUUUCUGCUGUUGACAUCUGGUUUCAUUAUACACUCACA